AUACUCUUGUUUCUUCCCGCACAAGAAAUGGCAAAUUUCAUGUCCGAAGCAGUGCAGCUCAGAAGAGGUCUGAAACCUAAAGGGAAGACUUAUGGUUUGACCAAUCAGAAGAGACGAGAGAUCAGAGAAAUCUUUGAUCUCUUCGACAUAGACGGUUCAGGUAGCAUCGAUGCUCGCGAGCUCAACGUUGCUAUGAGGUCUCUCGGGUUUGAGAUGAACAACGAGCAAAUAAACGAACUGAUGGCAGAGGUGGAUAAAAACCAAAGCGGAGCAAUAGAUUUCGAAGAAUUUGUUAAUAUGAUGACAACUAAAUUCGGAGAACGAGACUCUACAGACGAAUUGGCCAAAGCAUUUAAGAUCAUUGAUCACGACAACAAUGGAAAGAUUUCGCAUCACGACAUCAAGCAAAUCGCAAAGGAGCUAGGUGAAAAUUUCACAGAUAAUGAGGUAGAAGAAAUGAUCGAAGAAGCUGAUCGUGACAAAGAUGGAGAAGUUAAUUUGGAGGAGUUCAUGAAGAUGAUGAGGAGGACUUCAUACGGUUACGACAAGUAA